AUGACCUACUGUGCCAAAAUUACUACAAAGAAACUACAGUACGGAACAUGCACAGUACGAUUACCAUUCAAGGAUCCUAAUGUGGAAUAUGGAAAUACUCGACAAGUAGCUGCAGCAAGAUUGACACAGUUAGAACGAAGGUUUGCCAUGGAUACUAAAUUACAACAAAAAUACCAAGAAUUUUUAGAUGAGUAUCUAGAAAUGGGUCCUAUGAGAAAAGUACACAAAUCUGACUAUAACCAAGGCAAAUACUACAUUCCUCAUCAACCAGUAGUAAAAGAAGAGUCGCUAACUACAAAACUGAGUAAUAAAAUAAGCCUAAAUAACAACAUGUUAACUGGUCCCAGAAUUCAACAAGAUCUAGUAAUAAUAUUACAACUAUGGACGAAUGGUUCAGAAUGGGAUCAGCCUGUAGAUGAAAAAAUUAAAUUAAAAUGGACAAAAAUACAACAACAACUAAAAACGAUUGAUAACAUAAAAAUUCCAAGGUGGUGUUAUGCAACGCCAGGCAAAAAAGUAGAACUAUACGGAUUUUGUGAUGCGUCAGAGAAAGCUUACGGUGCAGUAAUUUACUGCCGAGCGCAGGAUAGCGAUAAAACAUACAGGGUGACACUUUUGCAAGCAAAAUCGAAAGAAGCACCAAACAAACAAAAAACUACUCUACCGAGGUUGGAAUUAUGUGCAGCAUUAUUAUUAACUCAGUUGAUGGAAAAAGUCAUCAAAGCUAUGAAUUUCAAUGAAGGGGAAGUAUAUAGUUGGACAGAUUCAAUGAUCACGCUUGAUUGGAUUAAAGAAGAAGCCGAUAGAUGGAAGACCUUUGUAGCCAACAGAGUAUCAGAAAUACAAAAACUACUACCACAAGCAAAAUGGAACCACGUGAUAACUAAUCAAAACCCGGCUGACAUAGUCUCCUGA